UCCUCAGGUGUUCUAUCUCCCCAUGGCGUUGGCAGUACCACCCUCCGUGUUUGCUGUUCACAUCCAAUUCAACCUGGUCUACCAGUUCUGGAUCCACACUGAGGUGAUCAGAGAUAUGGGACCUCUGGAGUGGGUCCUAAACACCCCCAGUCACCACAGAGUUCACCACAGUACCUUUGCUCCAGACGGCGAUAAAGUUGUCUACGGUCUCGUACACAAAAUAAACACAUUUGAAGUCCUCCAUAUUCAGGUUACUGGAGAAGAGCUGCCAUACAAUCCCAGUUGGCCUCUGCAAGUCUAUGUCUGCGUACAUGGUCUAAUGUUGUUGUGUGUUUACCGGGAUCUGUUAUGUAUUGUCAAUCCCAAGAGUCCCAACAGUCAUAGAUAAUCAACUGGGAUUGAAAGCACAUGGGCUCUUAUCUUAUUUUAGCCAUUUGAAAUAAUGUCUUUUUAAUUCUAUUCAAAGGAACGAAGUCACAAACAUUCUGUUUAUUUUAUCAGAUGACAUGCUUCAUGUGGUUGUUUUUAUACAGUAUUUACACAGAACAUAGUGACUCUGCUACCAUUAAGUCAGAAUGACUCAAUGUCAGUCCUCUUUAAAAUAACCUUUGUCUAUUAUUUUCCACUCUCAGAGCCAAAAGCCCCCUCCCCCCACUUUCAAAAAAUCCAAGUCAGGUUUCCUCAGCAGUUAUCUUUGGACUGCUUUUUUCCCCAGGCAUAGUUUCAGUUAGCCAAAAUGUGAUGUCCCACCCAACAUUUCAAGCUGAGACAAAAUGGCCUGUCUUCAUGUGAUUCCUACCUCCAUGGUGUUCCCUUAGUUGUGGUCCUCCCUCCACAUAGGCCCACCGUCAAAGAGUUCCCCCCUCUUAUUGGCCACCAGCACAGCAGCUGGUGGUCUAACAGUGAACAAUAACACCUUAAUUGCCAAGUCAACCACUUCCCAACCAUUUCCCAACCUAAAUAGCCUUCAGGAUGCUGUAAUCAGGAUUUCCAGGGAAAAUAACAAAGUUAGGACCUUGGCCUGACAAUAAAUCAUGUGCAUGUAUGUAUGCAUACCUCCAUGUUCACUAGGCACGUAUUUACGGUGACUAUUGAUGAUACGGUGUAGCGCAAUUUAUGGUCUUAGCCUUAAUUUAAAGACAUUAAAACGUUUCAAACAAAUGAAGUUAGCCUUUAAUUACAUCAUGGGUAUAGCCUCGUGUAGCUACAGUUUCUUUCAGGUUGGCUAAUAUUACGAUAAGGACAGACAGGUAAAUUGACCAAGUCGAAACGCCAACUCCUCAACUCAGAAUCCAACCAAUCUCUUGUCCUGAAAAUAAUAACGGUCGUGAUGAUAACCAUGAUAAUAACAAGUUCAUCUCCAGUUCUCUGGGGAUAUAGAAACAAUAACAUAACCAGUCGGUUGCUGGAGUCACUGAAGCACCAGCAGAUGGUGAAUUUCAUCUGGGAGUUUUAUUUUCACUCACUGUUAUUGUUGAAAUAUGAUAUGGGACAAAAUCAUUUUUUUUCACACUAAGCAGGCCUGAAAAUCCAAUCAUUUCAGUUGUGUCUAGCGUCCAUUCCCCCAGGGUAGAGAUAGUCAAAGUAAAGAUCAUGUAAACUAACUGACCUGCUUUGACUCCUGGGUAGCAGUACCAGUGGGUGCAAGACAGUAUAAUAACCUAAUAAAAUGUAAUAAAUAAAUAAAAUACAAUUACCAAACAAUACAUUGCUGAAUAGAUUUGUAAUUAGCUUACAAUAACUGUAGUUACUGUAUUACUGUCAAUUUAGACCUUAAACGUUACUGACCGUAGUGAUGGAUAAGUUUACUGUGUGUCUUUGGAAUCCAUGUAAUGGAAACGUUGAUUCAUUACCUCUUAUUUGCCCCAAUUGAAUACAUACAGUAGCGCCCUUCCUAUACUUUCCCACAUGUGGGUUAGGGGAAUAUAGGGUUUAACGAUUAUAGGGCCUGUACCAUAUAAACAUUAAGAAAUACUACUUUAUUGCUUCCUGUUGAUAUGUUGAUGCCAUAUAUGGCCUGCAGGGAAUGUGCAUUGUUGUGUAUGUACUGCAUGGAAGGAGACCAGUGACGUUUGCUUGUCAGGGCCUCUGAGCGGAGUGUUGAAGAUCCAACCCCUGCUCUGGCAGACCAAUCGAGUCCCUUAGGAGAGGCUAGUCUUACAGCUGUCUUUUAGGUUAGGAACUUAAGGCCAUGCAUUUUCACCACUCAUGUAUCCAUCCACAGGUUGGGGUUGUGUGCGAACAAAACACAAGCACCUCACCAAGGUCAAUGUCAAUGUGUACAGUAUAGAACUAGUGUUCCCUAUAGAGGUGUGUGAGCUAUGUACCGCAACGUCUUCCACUCUGGUCAAGUCCCUUAGCGGGACAAAACAGACAUGGUCAGAGGUAAUAUCCCUAUUAUAUUGAGCAUGAGAAAGGGAAAGGGGAUACCUAGUCAGUUGCACAACUGAAUGCCUUCAAUCGAAAUGUGUCUUCCUCAUUCAACCCAACCCUUGUGAAUCAGAGAGGUGCUGGGGCUGCCUUAAUUGUGUGAGUCACGGUUACUGGCAAAACUCUACACUAUAUUGUGUUGGGGAGCUAGAUGUAAUAUAAUAGCUUACUGUGUAUAGAUGUGUAGUCUGGGCUAUUAAAAGGGACAUGGUUCAUGACUUCACUCGUAGUCAAAUCUCCUGUGCCCACAAUUCACCAUACAGAUGCAGGAUCUUAAUUUGAUCCAGUUUGCUUCAACGGGAAAAGAAUCCUACAGCAAGAGGAAAUGUGAAUUAUUAUGUUGAUUAUAAUUGAUGGACAUUUUUGUAAGGGUUGAUACAUUUUUCGUAAGGGAAAAUCAAGUCUGAAAUUUCUACGAGGAAAGACAAACAUCAGAAGCCAUUUUAUAUCUGAAAUACACUGCAAGUUUGACAUUUCCUGCGUUGCAUGAAAGUUAUUCUGCAACAGGGGUUUCAAAUUAAGAUCCUACAUCUGUACUUGAUGUUUAUGUAUUUUUCCCAUAACUUUUUCUCAAGAUAAGCAUUAUUUGUGUGUCUAUGUUAUAGAUGCUAUCCCAGCUGACUGUUCUGAUGAUGACUGACCGUGCUGCUCCGACUAAACAUUUUAGAACCCCCUUUUGGAGAAUGAUACCAUAUGCUACUCUAACAUUUACAACACAAAUUCUUCAAGAGGUGUGAUAACUUGGUAUCCUACUGUAAUGUGAAGCUAGAGAUAAAAGUAGGCAUUUAUCCACGCCAUUUCAAUGUCCCAAACAUAUUACUAGGAAAUACAGACAUACUGUACAUGACAAUGAGACAUAAACAUACUUUCAGAGGUAACGAUUAGUGUAAUACAACCAUAUUAACCAAUCAAUAAGAAUGUUGUUUUUGACGAUGACCGUGUGAAAGAGUGUCAGGAAAUAGUGCACUUAGCAGUAUGCCCUCCGGGCGAUGGUAGGAUGGGUGGGGCGUGGUGUGUGGGGAGUAGAGUCUCUGAUGAUGAGCGGAGUCGACAGCCAGUCUUUAGGUGCCAUUAGGCCUAGUUAGAGCAUCGGCCCUUCCUGUAGCCAGGAUAAAGAUGCACUGUGUUUAGGUGUGACAGAUAGGCCAUUACUGUAGCGUGUGUGUGUCCCUGUAUCUGUCCAUCGUGCCUCAUUGUGUUUGUGCGUUAGCAUGUGUGUGUGUGAGAGAGGGACUACGUGUGUGUGAACCAUCACUGGCUCCGGCCCCACAUUUACCUGUGAUGUAUGACUCCAGAUGUACGGCUCAAUUGACCAUAAAAUUGCUGUGCGUUUCUGGCACUUGCGGUGGAGUUCUAGCUCGUGGCUGACCUCUCAUUACUUGCCCUUCUCUCCCUCUCUCCCUCCCUCCUUUACUCCCUUGUUCCCUGCCAUCUCAGGCAGUGCGACCUGCAACACUUCUGGAACCAAUUAGUCUAGUCUGCCGCUAACCAAAGCUGGCUGAUGAGAUUCACACGUGAGCGCAGCGGCUGAAUAGCUACUUUUAUUGUGUGACUACACAUCUGCACACUCAGGUGUUCAAAAAGGAGACUGGAGUUUUUUCCCAGACCCUUUUUUUUCAAGAUGAUAAAAACAAAUAAAAAAUGUUGUGAAUUCAUUACAAAUGCAUUCAACUUCAACUUGAAAA